CGUAGGGGGCUAUCGUAGGCACGCGAGGCAUUGUGGGGCGGAGGCGGCCUUCUCUGUUGAGACAGGCGAGAUUUGUAGCAGUAAAUAACAAGAGAAACGAACUUUCACAAUAGCGAAUAAUCUGCUCGACAUCAAUAUAGAUUUGUUAUUAACCUAGAUAUAGUAAGACAUGGGUCAGGAGGAUCUCAUGAACACGGCGGAAGACGUCGCAGACCAGUUCCUACGCGUGACCAAGCAGUACCUGCCUCACCUGGCACGCCUGUGUCUCAUCAGCACCUUCCUGGAGGACGGCAUCAGGAUGUGGUUCCAGUGGAGCGAGCAGAGAGACUACAUCGAGGCCACCUGGGGCUGCGGUUACUUCCUGGCCACCUCCUUUGUGCUGCUCAACCUUGUUGGACAGCUGGGAGGGUGUGUUCUCAUCCUCAGUAGAAACUUUGUACAGUACGCCUGCUUUGGACUGUUCGGAAUCAUAGCUCUACAGACUGUUGCAUACAGCAUUUUAUGGGAUCUUAAAUUUCUGAUGAGGAACCUGGCCCUGGGUGGAGGUUUGCUGCUGCUGCUGGCUGAGUCUCGGUCUGAGGGGAAGAGCAUGUUCGCGGGGGUUCCCUCCAUGGGGGAGAGCUCCCCUAAGCAGUACAUGCAGCUGGGAGGCCGUGUGCUGCUGGUGCUCAUGUUCAUGACCCUGCUGCACUUUGACCCCAGCUUCUUCUCUAUCCUCCAGAACCUGGUGGGCACGGCCCUCAUCGUGCUGGUGGCUGUGGGCUUCAAGACCAAGCUGGCCGCCCUCACUCUGGUCCUCUGGCUCCUGGCCAUCAACGUCUACUUCAACGCCUUCUGGAGCGUUCCGGCCUACAAGCCCAUGCACGACUUCCUGAAGUACGACUUCUUCCAGACCACCUCCGUGAUUGGAGGCCUGCUGCUGGUGGUGGCUCUGGGCCCCGGGGGCGUGUCCAUGGACGAGAAGAAGAAGGAGUGGUAGAGGAGGGGGGGGUUAAGGGAGGAGUGGAGGAGAGGGUGAUGAUAGAAGUGGAGGAGAGAGAGAGAGUGAUGAUAGUAGUGGAAGGGGAGAGAGAGGGGUGGGGAGGAGAGGGGCAGUGGGGGGAAGGAGAGACCAUAGCACCACCACUGACCCCAGGACACCACUGCCCCUUGGGGGACAGUCCUCUGGCCAAUCACAGCCCCCCAGGGACAGUCUUCUGGCCAAUCACAACCAGUCACAUGAGUCCCCUCUGACAUGCCUCAUUUCUUCUCCCAUUGUCUUUAGUUUUCAGUUUUUUUCUUUUCGGUUGAUACUGGAUUUUUUAUACAGCUAUUUAUGGCAGUUUGUCCAGGUGGCAAGAAAAAUAAACGGUACAAUAAUCUAUGUCACAAGAGCAAGGUAGCUAACUUGUGAUGUGGUGGAGUUUUAGAAAAUAGUCUGUUCUGACUUUGGAAGGUAUGUCUAUGACCUUGUAUAAACAAAUGUUAUUCCAUAACUUUAACAAACAUAUUUGUGAAUAAAUGCAAAAGUGUUGAGUAUGUAUCAGAGGUACCUGUGAAGAUAUCAUUCUUACCCUUACCCUUACCUGCUCUAACCCUUACCUGCUCCAACCCUAACCCUUACCUGCUCUAACCCUAACCCUUACCUGCUCUAACCCUAACCCUUACCUGCUCUAACCCUAACCUGCUCUGUGGGAAAGACGGUCUGUGACUCAACUUACUGAUCUCGAGAUCUCAGGCACUGAAAAACAAAACCGGUUCCCCCUCUCUGAACCGAUGUUCCUUUGCACGAGUGUGUGUGUGUGUGUGUGUGGGGGGGGGGGGGGGGGGGGGGGGGGGGGGUUACAUCGCACACUAAUUGGUGGAUUGAAGUUGCUCUUGAUUGAAAAUCGAAACCCAUUUGUUAGUACUGGACGUCUCUGCUGUACGCCUGAAUAGUGGACUGUGUUUGAUCUGGGCAAUAGGGGGAGAUACGUUUGUGAAACGCCAUAUUAUUACAUCUAGAGACGCCGAACUGAACACAAGCUGCGCUCACCUAGACUUUGUUUAAGCUCUGUAUAAGAAAAAAAUGAUCUGUGUAAUAAUUUUUUCAGACGUUUAUGAUGUAUUUUUGAUCAUUUUUUUGGUUGUUUUGUUUAGUUUUUUGGGGAGAUCAUGGCGAUGGAAUAAAGAUGCAAAAACAA